CAGGUGGGACUCACCCCGCGCCUCGAGGGCCUUACACCGGCUCCCCUUCCCGCCGCGGCCGUGCUCUGCGCUGCUCUCUGGCCCGGAGCGCGGUAGGCGACCUGCCCGCUACCGGCGCGGCGUCCCAACGGGCUGCAGCCCCUCCACGGACCUAGCCGGCGCCCUUCCCAUCCCUUACGGGCUGGGGACGGGGGUACGGAGGAGACAACCCUGGCCCUCCCGGCCCGGGGCGCUCCGCCUCUUCCUCGGGGCGCACGGCGCCAGCAGCCGCGCACAGGGUCGCGGGGAGCCUGCCCCGCGCGGGGGAGGAUACCGGGUCCCGGGCCCGCGCCCGGCUGGCCCGGUUCCCGGGCCGGGGCGGAGCCGCUCCCACAGGCUCCUCCCAGGCACGUUGAGGACCCGGGCCGUCGCGGUGGAGGGUGGCCGCGUUCCGCGGGGAUCUUUGCGCCCGGGAGGCAGUCCCGAGCGGCUCUCGUGGUAGAGGACCUGAGCGCAGCAUCCUAGCUGCCGAAGGGCUCGCGCUGCGGACCCCGCUACACUCAUUCCCGGACUGACGUUAUAGCAGACGGUUGUUGGACCUCCACCCCUGGAAGCCAAGCCCCUUCUGUUCCCUACUUUACACCGACCAUUUUAGAUACUUGAAACAUCACAACGGCUUUGGGUGGUUCUGAAGAUUAAAGAGGAAAUUUCUUGGCAAAGUUUUUCUCAGUUUGAUCUCUAGGUUUGGCAGUUGCUAUGUUAAUACUGCUUGUCUUUGGGGUAUUACUUCAUGAAGUUCCUGUGAGUGGCCAAGAUGAGGCUCCCCCCAAGGCUGACAGCAUUCCCGGAGAGCCUCUGUAUGACUAUGCCCGCAUCCACUUGCCUGAGGAGCACAUUCCCUUCUUUUUGCACAACAAUAGGCAUAUUGCCACGAUCUGUAAGAAAGACUCACGUUGUCCUUAUAAGAAACACUUAGAAAAUCUAAAGUACUGCUGGGGUUAUGAGAAAUCCUGCAAACCGGAGUUCAGGUUUGGUUACCCUGUUUGCGACUAUGUGGACAUGGGAUGGACAGACACUCUUGAAUCAGCUCAGGACAUAUUCUGGAAACAAGCUGACUUUGGAUAUGCCAGAGAGCGGCUGGAGGAAAUGCAUGUGCUUUGUCAGCCUCAGGAAAUGGGUGACUCAGGUCUGGUGUGUUCCCGUUAUCUUCAGUAUUGCAGAGCAACCAACCUCUACCUUGAUUUAAGAAACAUCAAGAGAGAGCACGACAGAUUUAAAGAAGACUUUUUCCAAAGUGGUGAAAUUGGAGGACAUUGUAAACUUGACACUCGUACAUUGAUGUCUGAAGGUCAGCACAAAAGCCCUCUGCAGUCUUGGUUUGCUGAGCUACAAAGCUAUACUCAGCUGGACUUCAGACCUAUAGAAGAUGCUAAAUGUGACAUUGUUAUUGAAAAGCCAACCUACUUCAUGAAAUUAGAUGCAGGUGUUAACAUGUAUCAUCACUUCUGUGAUUUUAUCAAUCUUUAUGUUACGCAGCAUGUUAAUAAUUCAUUCUGUACAGAUGUGUACGUCGUGAUGUGGGACACUAGCUCCUAUGGAUAUGGUGACCUAUUCUCUGAAACGUGGAAAGCAUUUACUGAUUAUGAUGUUAUACAUUUGAAAACUUAUGAUUCCAAAAGGGUAUGUUUUAAAGAAGCUAUUUUUUCAUUACUCCCUCGCAUGAGGUAUGGGCUGUUCUAUAAUACCCCUCUGAUCUCUGGCUGUCAAAAUACUGGAUUAUUUAGAGCAUUUUCUCAGCAUGUAUUACACAGACUAAACAUCACACAAGAGGGACCUAAGGAUGGAAAAAUUCGAGUCACCAUUCUUGCACGGAGCACAGAAUACCGGAAAAUACUAAACCAAAAUGAGCUGGUAAAUGCACUGAAAACAGUAUCUACAUUUGAAGUGCAGAUUGUGGAUUACAAGUAUAAGGAACUUGGGUUUUUAGAUCAGCUAAGGAUCACACACAACACGGACAUAUUUAUUGGAAUACACGGAGCUGGUCUUACCCAUUUACUUUUCCUUCCAGACUGGGCUGCUGUAUUUGAACUGUACAACUGUGAAGACGAACGGUGCUACGCGGACCUGGCAAGGCUGAGAGGCGUCCGUUACGCCACCUGGAGAAGGCAGAGCAAGGUCUUUCCUCAAGACAAGGGCCACCACCCAACUCUGGGGGAGCACCCAAAGUUCACCAAUUACUCCUUCGAUGUGGAAGAAUUCAUGUACCUUGUCCUUCAGGCUGCAGACCAUGUGUCACAGCACCCACAGUGGCCCUUUAACAGAAAGCGCGAUGAGCUGUAGAUGUUUCCAGUGUGUUUGCAGACAGACAGUACUGAAACACUCCAACACCAGGAUGCACAAUUAAAUCAGUAAAAACACCCUGUUAUUUCCCACCCCAAACUGACCUUUUCUCUACCAAAACAUACCUUCAGGAUAUUACUUAUAAUUAUUUUUUUAAAUUAUCUUCAAGUGCUUCAUGUGAUUUCUAUGUCAUUGCUAUUUAUCAAGAUAUUUUUGCACUAAAAACUGUACUUUUUAUAUUUCAAAAUAUGGGCAUGGGCUCACUGGUGUAAUUGAGCUUUCUUCUUAGGGAUACCAAAGUUUUCAACCUUCAGAGUUUUAGAAUUUGUAAGUAUUUUUGUAGAAUACCAUGUGAUUAUGAUUCUAGACUGUACCAGCUUGUUUGUGAUAUAUUUGGGUAAAUUCACAACUGCUCUUUUAUUGGACAUAAUCU